AUGAAAGGCAAAGUGAAUGCGCUUGUGAACUUCACGUAUCAGUAUCUGAGUGCUCCUCUGCAAAUCACAGUCUGGGUUCCACGCCUACCUCUUCAGAUCGACAUUUCGGACACAGAACUGAGCCAAAUAAAAGGCUGGCGAGUCCCUGUUAUUUCCAACAGAAGACCCACCAGAGACAGUGAUGAUGAGGAUGACGAUGAGCGGAAAGGAAGAGGAUGCACUCUGCAGUACCAGCAUGCCAUGGUGCGAGUCCUCACACAAUUUGUAGCUGAGGAUUCUAGCCCUUGGGGCCAGCUGAGCUACCUGCUAGGCUCAGAUUGGCAGUUUGACAUUACAGACCUGGUGAUGGAUUUUAUGAAACUGGAGGAUCCGCACAUUGCCAAGCUGCAGGAAGGCAGGAUUUUGAUCGGACGGGAAGUAGGAAUGACAACGAUGCAGGUUUUGUCCCCUCUGUCUGACUCCAUCUUGGCAGAGAAGACGGUGACUGUGCUAGAUGACAAAGUGACCAUAACAGACCUUGGAGUCCAGCUGGUGGCUGGGCUUUCACUCUUUCUUCAGCCAAGCGUGGCAAGUAGUCGGGCUAUUGUGGCUACAACCGUUGCCCAAGAGCUGCUUCAUACUCCUAAGCAGGAGGCUGUAGUAAGCACCUGGAUUCAGUUCAGUGACAGCUCUGUUACUCCGCUGGACAUUUAUGACUCUAAGGACUUCUCUCUUUCUGCUGUAUCAUUAGACGAAGCUGUUGUCUCAGUCCACCAGAACGCUGCCUUAAAAUGGCCAGUUGUGGCAGCAGAAGGUGACGGUCAGGGCACGUUAAUCAAGGUGGACAUGAUGAUUUCGGAAGCCUGCCAAAAGUCCAAGAGAAAAAGUGUCCUGGCUGUGGGGAAUGGCAACAUCAAAGUCAAGUUUGGCCAGAAUGAUGCAGACUCCAAUACAGGUGGAGAUUAUGACGCUGAUGAGAUUGAAAACCAUGCUAGCGACCGGCGGCACAAAGUGUCAGAUCAGGAACGGUAUGGCCAGGAUGGACGAUACUAUGGUAGCUCUUCAGCAGAGCGAGAGGAAGGCGCCAUCAGGAAAGUCAGCACCACAGCAAAAUCCGUAAUAAGAAAUAAAGUAAUUAAAAACAAUAGGCUGGAUGACUUCACCAACUUCCCUGCUCAAGUAGACCUCCCAAAAGGCAGUGCAGGCAUGGAAGAAAAUGAUCUGGUGCAGACACCUAGGGGCCUUAGCGAUUUGGAGAUUGGGAUGUAUGCUCUGCUAGGGGUCUUCUGCCUGGCAAUUCUAGUCUUCCUAAUAAACUGUGCAACAUUUGCGCUGAAGUACCGUCACAAGCAGGUUCUGGUGGAAGGACAAGCCACCAUGACCCAUUCCCAUGACUGGGUCUGGCUGGGAAAUGAAGCAGAACUGCUGGAGAACACAGCAGAUGCAUCACCUCAGCAGGAUGAGCACACAACUAUUAUUGACCGAGGCUCAGGCUGUGAGGAGAGCAACCAGCUCCUCAAUGGCAGUGCUCAGAAGAACAUUCAGAGCCAGGUUCACAGGUGUGCUGACUCAGGGGGCAAGCUUGGAAAGGAACAGAAAUCUGAACCUUUACAUUCGCCGACAUCUAAACGGAAGCGGGUAAAAUUCACAACAUUCACUACCAUCCCACCCGACGAUGGUUGUCCUACUGUCAACUCAAUCCUAAGUAGCAAUGACGAUGACAUUAAGUGGGUGUGCCAGGAUAUGGACCUGGGGGACUCCAAGGAGAUACGAAACUACAUGGAGAAGUUCAAAGACAAAGUGUAG